GAGGAGUUCGGAUACAACGCCGAGACUCAGAAGCUGCUCUGCAAGAACGGGGAGACCCUGCUGGGAGCCGUCAACUUCUUUGUCUCCAGCAUCAACACCCUGGUCAACAAAACCAUGGAGGACACCCUCAUGACGGUCAAGCAGUACGAGACGGCCAGGCUGGAGUACGACGCUUACCGCACAGACCUGGAGGAGCUCAGCCUGGGGCCACGGGAUGCCAACACGCUCUGCCGCUUGGAUGCUGCCCAGGCCAACUUCCAGGCCCACCGCGCCAAGUACGAGAAGCUGCGGGCGGACGUGGCCGUCAAGCUGAAGUUCCUGGAAGAGAACAAGGUGAAGGUGAUGCACAAGCAGCUUCUGCUCUUCCACAACGCCAUCUCGGCCUACUUCGCUGGCAACCAGCAGCAGCUGGAGCAGACCUUGAAACAGUUCAACAUCAAGCUCAAGAGCCCCGGGGCCGACAAGCCCUCCUGGCUGGAGGAGCAGUGAGCAGGGGGGGUCGUCGCCCCCCCUCCCGCCGCGCCCCUCCCGCCCUUCACAGACUUGGACUCGGAGGGAGGGCCCUGCCGUGGGGCGCCCUCCCCUCUGGUGCCCUUCGGGGGCUUCCCAUUCCGGGGGGGGCGGGGAGAGCUGGGGCAGCCGAGCCGCCCCGUCCCUCCCUCCGCAAUGCCCGGAAGCAGCAAGCACUUUCUUACUCCGAGGGUGGGGGGAAGGGCGCCCCCGUCGGUCCCCAGUCAAGGGUCUCUGCUGAGGGCCAGGCCCGACCCGAUGCCAGCCACCCCUGGCUGGCCGUCCCCGGUCUUGGGCCUCCUCCCCCCCUCGGCCUGUUCUCCCUGAGGAACCUCCUCUCCAUCCUGCCCCACGGGACCUUCAAGGAAGGCAGCUAUGGGUCGGCCGGGUUGGACGUGCCGGGGCUGCUCUGGAGGUGCCCAAGAUGUGAGAUUGGCCCCCUAUUUGGGGGGCCAGGGACCAAACACUUCCUGGCUCCGGCCCCUGGGAGGGUGUGCGUGCGUGUGUGUGAUGUGUGCGUUCAUCAUGGCCAGUGUCCCAUAUUGUGUUCCCUAUGGGGGCUGCGGGCGGCAAACUCCGGCCUUCCACCCAGCCGGCCCCGACCGACACUCCAGCCCCCACCACGUCUGUAAAGAUUCCCCAAUAAAUGGUACCAAAUGGC